CAAUACACGUCAUCAAUACACGCCCCCAGCGGAAGUGCGCCAAACGGGGCUUCCUGUCCAUUUUUAUUUUGGUUAAUUACUGAUACAUUUGUUUAUUUUUCUUUAAGCAAAGCCUUCAGACAAGCUCAGCAUACUUUUUAACUCAGAAACGGACAAAACUGGCACCGCCAAUCCCUACCAUCAUGCCGGCUCUUCUGGAGAGGCCUAAACUGUCUAAUGCCAUGGCACGUGCCUUGCACAAGCACAUUAUGAGAGAGAGAGAGCGGAAGAGGCAAGAGGAAGAAGAGGUUGACAAAAUGAUGGAGCAGAAACUAAAAGAAGAGGAAGAGAGGAAGAGGAAGAAAGAGAUGGAGGAGAGAAUGUCUUUAGAGGAAACAAAAGAGCAGAUAAUGAAGAUGGGAGUGAAGCUGCAGGGUCUUCAGGAGGAGAAGCAUCAGCUUUUUCUGCAGCUGAAGAAAGUCCUACAUGAGGAGGAGAAAAGACGACGCAAAGAACAGAGUGACAUGACAACUCUGACUUCGGCAACUUACCAGCCUAACAUGGCCAUGCACUCUGGGCAGCACCUUCUCAGCAUGCAAGGGGGUCAGGUUAGUCAUGGGCGUCCAGGUGCUCUUCUUGGGGAACGCAGCAAACAGCUCUUCCAGUCUCAAGUCAUUCCUACGCGUCAUUUCCAGUCUCAGCCGGGGUUCAGUGCAGGUGGGACAGAGCACGGCCAGUAUUCUGGAGGCCAGCCGAGUCACAGCCCGUAUGGAGUCACUCAGCCGCAGCAUACAUCGCCUUUUGCCUCCAGCCAGCCAGUGCCAGCCAACUAUGCCAGUGGUUCACAACUUAGAGGUGCAUCAGCAUUCCAGGCCAUGACGUACCUGCCCCAUCAGCAGCAGGGCUAUGCGGUCCACAGUCAUUUCACCUCUCAGCCUGGUUACAUCCCCAGUGCUGGAAUUCCCCUGCAGAAACAGUUGGAACAUGCUAACCAGCAGUCUGGUUUCACAGACUCGAGUCCAUUGAGGCCCAUGCAUCCGCAGGCUCUGCAUGUGAGCGCUGCAGGUUUACUGCCUACUCCCUCUAUUGCUGUCCAGAUCCCUCCUGGCAAGUCUGGCUUACCAUAUGCACAUCCACCAAGGCCAGCUUCUCCAGGGGCAUUCACGCAUGGAACGCCCUCACAACAAGCACAUGCAGCUACAUUUCAAAGCUCUUCUCAACCAACUCCUCGACACACCUACCUUUCGCACAGCCAAGCAGGGCAGAGGUUUUACCACCAUGGCAAAUAGCUUUUAAUUUCAGUAUAAUGCAGAUAGAUGUUGAAAAAUAAGAUUCACCACUUAUACUUUGAAGGAUUUUGGAUUAAAGCUAAAUACCACACAA